AUGCCUUGUCAGCCAAAAACCGCUCCUCGUCAGCAACUCGACCCGCCUCGUCAUUUCCCUUCGUCGACUCGUCAAUCAAACAGUCUUAUUCUCCCUCGGCCUCCGUCAUUCACGCAGCCGAAGCAGUGGCCAGUUUUUCCCGCGCUUUUGCCAUCGCGGGUCGAUAAUUCCUCCGACUUCUUAUGCUCGCUCGCUGCAGACGACGCUGUAGUAGCCACUCGUCGGCAGCUAUCUAAGACCCCGCCGCUGCCGCCGUCGCUGCCGCCGCCGCUGCCGCUGCUGUCAACACUUCCAGUCAGUUCUUCGGAGGAGUCUCACCAUCCGCGGCUUAAUCCGCGAAAUCCUCCGCGCAAUCCGCUCAGUGCGCUUCCGCACGCCACCGUUUCUCCCCGCGGUCCCCGCCUCAGCAGCAGCGGUGGCAGUAGCAGCAGCAAUGGCAGCGGCGGGGAUAGCGGCGCAAGCGACGGCGGAGAAGGCAGCGGAUUGCGCGGCAGGGAGGAGUACGACGUGGAAGAGGAGGAAGAGGAUAGUAGCGCGCAUCGGCGCGCAGCGUUAGACUUCGUGCUGGAGCUCGCCGGGCCGCAGAUGGCGUCGCCGUCUGACGACCGUCGAUUCCGAUGGUGCCCUGAUUCGCCGAUCCCAGCCGACGAACUGCCUGUCGCCGCCUUCGCCGUGGAUAGGGACCUCACGUUUGUGAUGUGGAACCGACGAAUGGCGAAGCUGACAGGCUGGAGCCGGGAUGACGUAGCGCAGAUGGGGAGGUUUCCGGGAAGGCUGCUGCGACCCGCGAAGGGAUCUGCGCACGAGCAUGCCAGCGACGUGCUGCGAGACGCAAUGCUGCGACCAGAGCCCAUCAGCCAAACCAUGCUGCUCGCCACGCGCACCCCACGCGACGCAGAGUGCAAUGCCGAGUACGACGCAGAAUGCGACGCACAACAGCAGGUGCUUCCGGGGCAAGAGCAGGCGCUGCUGAGGAAGGUGUUACCUGGCGAGGCGGCAACUGGGCAGGGUAUAUCCGAGCACUCGUCGCCUGAGCGGGAGCUGCGUGUGCAGGUGCACGCGUGCAUGCGCACAGACGCUGUGGGGGCCGCCAAUGAACAUGCUCCUGCUGCCCCUGCAGCAGCAGCUGCAGCAGCCAUCCAGCCUGCAACAGUGAGUCAGUGCGGGGCAGUGAGGCACGGUGCAGCAGGUCUGCCCGCCAUUCGGGUGCAGCGGCGGCGAGCAGCUGAUGUGCUGCGCCCUGCUGGUCACGAGGGCGGCAGGUGCAGCAGCAGGGGUGGCAAUAGGUCAUUAGGAUCCGAAAGGAGUGCACAACGAGAGGAAGGGAGAGCAGAGGGGAAGGGAGCAGGUAAUCCUCUCUUUGAAGGAACCAACCCGUUGCUGGCCCCUGUGCAACUGCUGUCGCCUCUGACUCACUCCCCGUACCCCCUUCUCUCUCCCAAGUGGGAACCGGACGCAGUUCUACUGCACUCAUGUGCUGCCCUGCCUCCCUCGGCCAAUUCGGGAUUGCCUUUAACAGCUUGUGGGGAUGAUGAAAGGGCUACUGGUGCGGCUACAACAGCGCCUGCAACCGCGACUGCAAAAGGGUUGGAAGUAACAGAGACAGCAACAGUAGGAGCAGCAGCAGAAGGAGCCGAAGGUGCACCAGCAGGAAUAGCACCAAUGGCAGCAGCAGCAGCAGCAGCAGCAGCAGCAGCAGCUGGCGGCACUGGUACGGCCAGAGGCAUGCUGGCGGGUGGGAAGCGAGUGCAGGCCUGCAGCAUGCUUGCAGCAGACAGAGUAGCAACCGGAACGACAGCCUUCUUUUCUGCUGACGUACCUUCAUCUGCUGUCAUUCCCUCAUCAGCCGUUUUCCCAGCUAUCACCUCCUCCUCCUAUGCCCCUUCUUUUGACACCCCCUCUUUGCCUCCGUCCACGUCUCUGUGUGUGCGUGCUCUAGUGGCUGACGGGGCGACAGGUGGCGGCGCGGGAUUGGGGCUGGUGGGCGCGCUGCACAAUGACUUGCCGCAGCAGCUGGAGCGGUGUGGCUUCGAUGUUGUCACAGCUGCUACAGUCACAGAAGCUGUGGAACAAUUCAAUCAGUCUGUGCGCGAGUUGUCACCCAGUGGGAGGGUGCAACAGGGCAAUGGGUUUGAGGAGAGCAAUGGGAGUGCAGGAAGCAAGCAGCAGGGCGACACGGGCAAGAAACGGGUGGAUGUUGGUGUGCAGCGGCCCCUGGAGGCUUCCAGAGACGAGUCGUCCGUGACUAACCAGAGACCUGCAUUAGGAGACGACCAGGGACAGGGUGUUGCACCACCAAUUGACAGGGCUAUGGCAGCGGAUGAGGAAGCGCGGGAGGUUGGAGGGACGCCAGAGGCACCCUUCUCCCUCGUAGUCAUGGAAUUAGAGGCCAUGGCGCAUGAUGGCUUCGCAUGCAUCCGCAGCAUUCGUGAUGCCGAGGGGAGAAGGCAAGGAGGGAAGGCCAGGAAUGGGGAACACUUUUCCAGGGGUUGA